CGAUAAUUAUUUUACCGUCGUAUACGUGCGAUCUGUUAUCUUCUAGUCUGAAUAAACAGAAGCAUUAACUUCUCAUCUACGUAAUAGCGACCUGUUAAUCUAUUCCCUUCUCUCUUUUACCUUAGACUUUUCCACAAUGCCGUUUUCUUCCUUUAGCUAUUUAGCACGUGCAUGCACAUCUUCGAGAGUGUAACCGUACAGAAGACACAAGUACUCGCAUUACGCGUAACGUAUUAAAAGCGUUGAUAAAAGCGACGAUGUUAAGUACAAGCGAUGUGUGAAAGUGUUCAUCGACUAAUAAAUCAUUCGCCUAGUGUCACACGAUAAUCCUGCUAUUUAAAAAAGAACCCUGAUCCACAUUUUCUGAUAAGGUGGAGCGGAGAAUGUAUCGAGAGAACGAACGGAGAUCAAGCCACAAUUCUCGAGCAUCACGUAACCCAAGCAUUCACAUAACAGUUCUGAUGCUCGCUAUCGGAAUCGGUACUAUUUUAUUUGCAUACGCUGCGUUUGUAUCCACGAUCGAUGCGAGGCCGCACAACGAAACCUCUGUACAACAGGUGAUAUUCGUCUUCCGACACGGAGAUCGAACUCCCACGGAAACAUAUCCGAAGGAUCCAUAUCGAGAUUACAAAUGGGAAAAUGGCUGGGGCGCUUUGACCAAGGCAGGUAUGCUGCGAGCGUACAACGUUGGAAAAUGGAUAAGAGAUAACUAUGUUUCGACACUUGGCAAUAAGUAUGAUAAAGAUUUACUGUUAACGCAAAGCAGUUACGCUGAUCGAUGUAUAAUGUCUGCACAAGCUUUGCUGGCUGGUCUAUAUCCACCGGCGCCUGAGGAAAUGUUUGUGCCAGGUUUAGCCUGGCAGCCGAUUCCCGUUCAUUCUACCCCUAGGAAUCUGGACAAAACGAUCGUGGUCAAAGCUCCCUGUCCCCGAUUAGAACAAGCUCUGCAGGAAGCGUACGUGAACGAAUCUACGCGUCCAGGAACACCGUCAAACGAGUAUUACCAACAACUCACUAACUACACAGGGAAAAAAAUUAAAACGAUUACCGACGUCGAGUUUUUAUAUAAUACUUUGGAAAUCGAAGAACGUCACGGGCUAAAAUUGCCAGCGUGGACAAAAGACUAUUAUAAUAAUAAAAUGCGCGAGAUCGCAGCUCGCAGUUUAGCCAUAUUCACGAGCAACGAUUUACAGAAACGACUUCGCGGAGGACCGCUCCUUAAGACGAUAAUGGAGUCUAUGCAUGCUUUCACGAACGGGAAAGAUGCACGUCGAGCAUAUCUCUAUGCCGUCCACGAUAUAACCAUGGUUAAUUUGUUAAGAACCAUGGGCUUUACCAAUCAAUUCUUUAAGCCCGAAUAUAGUGCUACGCUUAUUUUCCAGCUGCACGUUGAAUCGAAUCUCGCGGAAGACGCGGAGCUGAAGCUAAUGUAUGUGAAUGACACGAGGACGAUGAUACCUUAUCACAUGAACAUACCGAAAUGUGGCACGCCCUGUUUACUCAGAAAUCUAAUGAAACUGUGGGAAAACGUGCUCCCCGAUAAUUGGGACGACGAAUGUCGACUCGGCAAAAUGUUCAGCUGGCUUAAUCGGGAGGAGGGCGGCAAACAGGAUCUUUUUGAUAGUGUCGCCGAUGGCCUCAAAAAGAUAUACAAAGCGAAAUUGCUGCCGCUCGAGCAGCAUUAUCACUUUCACGAUUUCCACUCGCCGCAGCUCGAUGAUCCAGACUUCGACGCGAAGCCCAUGAUCCUUUUGGUGGGCCAAUAUUCUACGGGGAAAACCACGUUCAUCAAGUAUUUGCUAGAACGAGAUUUUCCCGGAAUAAGAAUCGGCCCGGAACCAACGACAGAUCGCUUUAUUGCAGUUAUGUAUAAUGAGAAAGAGGGUGUCGUCCCUGGAAACGCUUUAGUGGUCGACCCGGACAAACAGUUUCGUCCUCUUUCAAAAUUUGGCAAUGCUUUCCUUAAUAGAUUUCAAUGCUCCACCCUUGCAUCUCCUGUUCUAAAAGGAAUAUCCAUAGUUGAUACACCCGGUAUAUUGUCAGGCGAGAAACAAAGAGUUGACAGAGGCUAUGAUUUCACUGGUGUUAUGGAAUGGUUCGCUGAACGGGUAGACAGAAUUAUACUGCUAUUCGAUGCACACAAGCUUGAUAUUUCUGACGAAUUUCGAAGAUUAAUCGAAGCAUUGCGAGGACACGAUGAUAAAAUUCGAAUUGUUCUAAAUAAGGCAGACAUGAUCGAUCAUCAACAACUUAUGAGAGUGUACGGAGCACUGAUGUGGUCUCUAGGAAAAGUUUUACAGACGCCUGAAGUCGCUAGAGUUUAUAUCGGCUCGUUCUGGGAUCAACCUUUAAGAUACGAUGUAAAUAAAAGACUAUUCGAAGACGAAGAACAAGAUUUAUUUAAGGACAUGCAAUCGCUACCUAGAAAUGCGGCGCUCAGGAAACUCAAUGACUUGAUUAAACGCGCACGAUUAGCAAAGGUACACGCUUAUAUAAUCAGCGCUUUGAGGAAAGAUAUGCCCAGCGUGUUCGGUAAAGACAACAAGAAGAAAGAUCUUAUCAAACAUUUGGGACAAAUUUAUGAUCAAAUACAAAGGGAGCAACAGAUCUCGCCCGGCGAUUUCCCAGACCUUAAAAAAAUGCAAGAAUCGCUCGCUCACCAUGACUUCAGUAAAUUCAAUACCCUCAAGCCUAAACUAUUAGAAGUGGUGGAUAAUAUGCUACAAAAAGACAUCGCGAAACUCAUGGCCAUGAUUCCUAAUGAAGAAGUUAACACAACAUUAGAGUCGCUUGUCAAAGGUGGUGCAUUUGAAGGCGUUGAAGAUCAAGUAAGUCCGUUCGGAUAUAAACGAGGGGAAGGCAUCGAUGCUGGUGCAGGCGAACCAGAAUGGAUCGUCAACAAGGAAAGAUAUAAAUAUGAUACGAUAUUCGAGACGCUUGGCCCUUGCGACGGAAAAAUCACCGGGGCUGCGGCCAAGUCGGAAAUGAUAAGAUCGAAAUUGCCGAACAAUGUACUUGGGAGAAUUUGGAAGCUAUCGGAUAUCGACAACGAUGGAUUCCUGGACGCAGAUGAAUUUGCCUUGGCGAUGCAUUUAAUUAAGGUAAAACUUGAGGGUUACGAUUUACCUUCGAAAUUACCUGAUCAUUUGGUACCACCAUCGAAACGCGAUAUAUAAUUUAGUUUCAAUCUUAUACACCCGUUUAUUCACCGAUACGUUUCGCACGUUUCAUGCGCACAUUAUAGAUCCACUGUAUUUAUUAAUUUGCAAAUAGUGCAAUCCGAACGUAUCGAUUGAUGUAUAUUUUAAAUAUCGGAAAGAAUUUGAGAUACGCGGACAGAUUUUAUAUCGCGUUUUCAAACUAUAGUUUUCUAUCCUGGAAGUAUUUUAUCUUUUUCAUCGAUGGUAUGAUAUUAAUUACACUAGUUAAAUUAUUACGCUGUCUAUGUUUCCAUUAAUAUUUUCAAUAAACUACGAACAUCAUAAACACAGAGUAUAACGAAAUUAUGUAAUUAAUUAAUAAUUUUAUACAAAUGUGUAUAUCACGUAUAUACAUAUAUCUGUGUGUAUACCUAUGUAUAUAUGUAUGUACAUGUGUGAGCAAUGUAAUUCUCGGUUCGAAUAUAAUUGUUAUCGUUUCAUAAGAAACUUCAGAGAUUUUAUAUAUGUCAAAUAUUUUCAUUCUUCCUCGUUAUAAAAAGAAGAGCACGUGCCUACAUACUCACGAGUUCGAUGAAGUAGGAACUAUAUUUAUUUAACACGCUAAUCUAGAAACAAACACGGCAGUUAUUCCGUAGUGGAAAACUCGAUGAAAAGAAAGCAGGCUAUCGUAUCCUAAAGAUACGCAAUAUACAUAAUAUGACGUUACGAGACAUAUUAGAAAAGUAUGUCACAACGAUUCAGUCAUUUUAUACGCGCUUUACUUGUCUAAUUAACACGAUAUUUCUCUGUGUCUUUUUAAAAGGAACGUCAAAUUAAAUUAUGAAAUGAGGCUUGUAAAAAAGAAAUAUUUAAGUAUAUUUUUCGAUAAAUUAUACAAACUUGGCAAUUACACUACGAAAAAGCACACUGUAUUUUUUUUUUUAGCACUGCCAACCGUGUUGAAUGCGUCUUUCGAUGUGAUAAUUUAAAGAGAAACAUAUAUUCCCUUUCAAUAUUUUUUGUACUUUACAGCAAAGUGAUAUUGAUAAUGAUAAAA